AUGGAGAAAUCGAAGAAUGUUAAAGGCAGCGGACAAACGCAGUUAUGGCAAUUUCUGCUUGAACUACUCGCCGACAAGCGGUACGACGAUGUGAUCACAUGGGAAGGGACGCAAGGCGAAUUCAAACUGGUCGAUCCAGACGAAGUGGCCAGGAAAUGGGGCGAGCGAAAAUCAAAACCAAACAUGAACUACGAUAAGAUGUCUCGUGCACUACGCUACUAUUAUGACAAAAAUAUCAUGUGUAAGGUGCACGGUAAAAGAUACGCCUAUAAAUUCGAUUUCCAAGGAAUUGCGCAAGCGCUACAACCUCAAACUGGCAGCAACGGAGCCGACUGCUUAUCGCCACAGACGGUGAAUCGUCUUCAACAGGACUUUAUGCAAGGCGGAUGGUCAGCCAACUAUAGAUCCCUGAUUCCGACUGGCUUACAGGUGGCGGAAUAG